AUGGUCACUGCUAAUAGAAUCAAGGCUGCUUGGGCUGUGGUGCUUACAAGCUCCAAUGACUACAUCAAAGGGGUCAUUGCUCUCAAACACGCUCUGCAUGAUUCACACAAGAGUGAAUAUCCAUUAUUAGUGUUGUAUACGCCAUCUGUGGUCCCUGAGGUCAUCAAAACCUUAAUUGACAUUGGCUGUAUUAUGAAGCCUGUGGAUCCAAUUCAUCCAAUGGGCAGUGUAGAGUAUAAAUCCGAGCGGUUUGCAGAGACAUGGACAAAACUAGCUGUAUGGAACCAGGAUGAUUAUGACCGACUCGUCUUGCUGGAUGCCGAUAUGUUGCCUUUGCAAAAUAUGGAUGAGCUAUUUCACAUGCAUUUACCAAACAAGGACUGGGUGGCUGCUGCUUAUGCGUGUGUGUGCAAUCCUCAAAAGAUCAAACACUAUCCUGCUUCAUGGAUUCCCGAGAACUGCGCAUACACUGGACGAGAUGCCACGGCGUGCACCGAUCCUACCCCCAUUGGUGUUAAAGCUGAUUAUUUCAAUAGCGGCCUCAUUGUACUAACUCCGGAUACCAACAAGUUUGAUGCCAUGGUCACCUAUCUUAACAGUAUUCCGGAUCUAAAUAUUUACCCUUUUCCCGAUCAAGACUUUCUAAAUGAGAUCUUCAAGGGGAAAUGGGAACCAAUUUCGUAUGUAUACAAUGCUCUCAAGACACUGCAAUGGGCGCAUAAACCCAUGUGGGAUGUAAAUCAGGUGAAAAACGUGCAUUAUAUUCUGACAAAGCCUUGGGAUAUCGACAUUCAGCAGGACUUGUCCGAUCUAGAAAACAUUUAUAAGCCGUUGUACAAAUUGUGGUGGAACAGCUAUUCACAAAUUACGCAAACAAUGAGCAAUCUGAAACAACUGAACCUUGCAAUUUCGCGCAAGUAA